CAUUUAUAUGUAAAAUAGUCAAGCUACUUAGAUUUGACUCAUUUUCUAAAUAAAUCGAACUUGAACAAUUUAUUAGACUCGUUUAGAAAAACGAUUUCGACAGGAUCGGGCGCAAGCUCGAAGCUCGGCUCGAUUAACACCUGUGUCUGUUGCUACAGAAAUUGAACCAUUUGUACUCCAAAAUCCAAAUUAAGACCAAUUACAUGCAAACACAUACAGGAGAAGCAAAGAAACAAUUCAUAUAUCCGUAAUCACAAUAACCUGUACACGAAAUCUGCUCACAAGAAGAAAAUGUUACUCAUGAUAGAAUAACUUCAACUGUGUUAUGCAAAGCAAUAACCUGAAAGGCAAAACUAGCACCUGAAAGAACCCCCACAAAAGAAAGAGAACAUUAAUAUAGUUGUAAUUCAGAUCAAGAAAAUCAAAAUACAAAAGGUGCACAUUCCUAACAAAAAGCAUAAUUGGUAGCAAAAGAGAAGGGGAAAAAAAAAAGUAGGUAGGAAAGAAAUGAACUUUAAGAUCCAAGUAGCAGAUUUCAAAAAGCACCACAAAAUUUACAAUGUUUUAUUAAAGUAGCAGAUUUUAUUAGCAGAUUUUUUUUAUUUUUGUGGUACCUUACAAUGUUAGGAUCCAUCCCAAUUCCCAAGUGCCACAAAAUUGUUAAAAAAAAAUUCAAAAAAAUUUUAAAAGUACACAUAAAAAUGAUAAAUUAUUUAUAAAAGUUAUAAAUAUUUUUAUUAUAAAAUAAUUUACAAAAUAAUAAAAACACCAGUAAUAAAAUAUAGAAAUACCGUACUAAAAUUUAUUUUGGAUACCGCAGUCUUCUCUCGCACCAUAACAUGAGGCUGACGAAGUGAGAGAACAGAUGCGUGAGAACCACAAAUUUCAAAGAAACAGAUACUGAUUAUAUCACACCCAUUACCAUGUAGAUGACUAUAGUCACUCUCUCUUUCUCUUUCAUUUGUCUCUUCUAAACCCAAAAAAAAAAAGAAGAAAAUUUGACCCAAAAUGCUUCUUCACGGCAACAUGAUCUCCAAUCCUGCCCGUACCCACCUCACCCUCAAAACCUCUCACACCCACCACAGAAACUUGACCAUUUUUGCCCAACAACCCAUCACCACCGCCACCUGCUCAAUCUCCGACGAAGACUUACUAUCCCGAGGAUUCAAUCUCCACCGUUCAAUCAGCCAUCUCAAUCUCGACCACCUCAACUCCGUCUUCGUAGCCGUCGGAUUCCCAAAACGCGACACGACCAAAAUUCGCGUAGCACUGGAACACACCGACUCUUUGUUGUGGAUCGAGUACGAGAAAACAAGCCGGCCGGUGGCGUUUGCCAGAGCGACGGGUGACGGCGUGUUUAAUGCGAUAAUUUGGGAUGUGGUGGUGGACCCCAGUUUCCAAGGGAUUGGUUUGGGGAAGGCUGUGAUGGAGAGGUUGGUGAACGAGCUGUUAGAGAAGGGGAUUACAAAUAUUGCUUUGUAUUCGGAGCCCCGAGUUUUAGGGUUUUAUAGGCCCUUGGGGUUUGUGGCGGAUCCGGAUGGGAUCCGAGGGAUGGUGUACACGAGGAAACAGAAAAAGAAAAAAUAAUUACCCCAAGGAAGAGAAAAUGUUAUUUUUUAUACAUCUCAAUUUUACCCACUUUAUGCAUUGGUUUUGAGAUUGAAUUAUUUUGUCUUAAAAGUCAUUUUCUAGUUGUGAAUAUUAGAUUGAGA